AUGGGUUACACGAUGCGAGGCAUAUCUUUGCCGCUGCUGCUUCUCGCGCUUUUCGUAGCGUCAGCCUCCGUCGCGCCUGUUUUUGGAAGGACCUUAUCUACUCGUCGCAGCCUUGCCCUCAAGGCCCUCUCGCUCGUGAGCUUUCCGGGAUCGUCAACCAUUACUCUGCUAGCAAAUCCCGGAGACACUGGCGGAGAUAUCGGCGGAGAUAUCGGCGGAGAUACCGGCAGUGGCGGCGAAAUUGGGGGAGGGGGCGAUGCGGGGGAAGGCGGAGAACCUGGCGGACCUGGCGGAGACGUCGGCGGCGAUCAGGGCGGUCCUGAGGGCCCCCCUGGUGGCGACAACGGGGAUACCGCCAGUGGCGGAGAUCCCGGCAGUGGCGGCGACGUUGGGGGAGGCGAGGACGGCCCGCCACCGAUCGGCGCCGGCGGAAAGGGAGGAAAGGGCGGAAAGGGAGGGAAAGGUGGAAAGGGCGGAAAGGGAGGAAAGGGCGGAAAGGGAGGGAAAGGGGGCAAGGGGGGAAAGGGAGGGAAACCUGGUAACCAGCACGGUGGAGCUGGCGGAGAGCAGGGGGAAGCUGGCGGAGAGCAAGGGGGAGCUGGCGGAGAGCAGGGGGGAUCUGGCGGACAGCAGGGAGGAUCUGGUGGAGAGCAGGGCGGGGUUGUUGAGGAGCAGGGGGGGUCAGGGGGGGCGGAUGGUAGCCAGACUGGGGGCAUAACGAGCACCGGAAAGGGCGGAAAGGGAGGAAAGGCUGGGAAGGGCGGAAAGGGUGGGAAAGGAGGGAAAGGAAGCAAGGGGGGAAAGGGAGGGAAACCUGGUAACCAGCAGGGCGGGCCUGGCGGAGAGCAAGGGGGAUCUGGCGGAGAGCAAGGUGGGGCAGGCGGAGAGCAGGGGGGAUCCGGCGGAGACCAGGGGGGACCCGGCGGAGAGCAGGGGGGAUCUGGUGGAGGGGCUGGCGGGGAGCAGGGUGGGGCGGAUGGUAGCCAGACUGGGGGCACAACGAGCACCGGAAAGGGCGGAAAGGCUGGGAGGGGCGGAAAGGGUGGGAAAGGAGGGAAAGGGGGCAAGGGUGGAAAGAAAUAA